UUUGUCAUCAACUUAAUUUCCAACUUAACUCAAUUCACUUCAUUUCAAACAUCUUCAUCUAUAACAUCUUCAUCUCUAUAAUCCAAUGGACCACAACUUGUUAUCGAAAAUCGCAACCAACAACGGCCACGGCGAAAACUCGCCAUAUUUCGACGGUUGGAAGGCGUUCGACGCCAACCCAUUCCACCCUCAACACAACCCGGACGGUGUUAUCCAAAUGGGCCUAGCCGAAAACCAGCUUUCGUUCGAUUUAAUCCAAAAAUGGAUUGAAUCGAACCCGAGUGCCUCUAUUUGCACCCCACAAGGAGCUUUUGGCUUCAAAGAAACCGCGAUUUUUCAAGACUACCAUGGCUUGCCCGAAUUCAGGACCGCGGUUGCUAACUUCAUGAACCGUGUUCGUGGAAACCGUGUUAAGUUCGACCCUGACCGCAUUGUCAUGAGCGGUGGCGCCACCGGUGCUCAUGAAACGCUGGCGUUUUGCUUAGCAAAUCCUGGUGAAGCAUUUUUAGUUCCCACCCCCUAUUAUCCGGCUUUUGAUCGAGAUUUGAGAUGGCGAACCGGAGUCGAGCUUUUUCCUGUGGUUUGCGAAAGCGCGGAUAACUUUAAGGUCACCCGAGAGGCUCUCGAAACCGCCUACAAGAAGGCGAAACUAGCCAAUGUUAAGGUUAAGGGAGUGCUUAUAACGAACCCGUCGAACCCGUUAGGUACUUUUUUGGACCGGGAUACCUUAAAGGAUAUUGUGAACUUCGUUAAUGAUAAAAGUAUCCAUCUCGUGUGUGACGAGAUCUAUGCGGGCACGGUGACUAACGGUGACGAAUUCGUGAGUAUUGCGGAGGUGAUAGAGGAAGUGCCGAAAUGCAACCUCGACUUGAUUCAUCUAGUUUAUAGUCUUUCGAAAGACAUGGGGUUCCCCGGGUUUAGAGUUGGGGUUGUGUACUCGUAUAAUGAUAAUGUUGUGAAUAUCGCUCGCAAAAUGUCGAGCUUUGGGCUUGUUUCGACUCAAACACAACAUUUGCUCGCCUCUAUGCUGUCUGACGAUAAGUUCGUUGAGAACUUUAUCUCUGAGAGCCGAAUUCGGCUGGCCCAUAGGCAUGAUAUGUUUACCCGUGGGCUAGCCCAAGUUGGGAUUGGGAGUUUAGAAAGCAAAGCGGGGUUGUUUUUUUGGAUGGACUUGCGGAGAUUUCUAAAAGAACCUACCUUCGAAUCGGAAAUGACGUUCUGGCGAGUUAUAAUUAAUGAGAUUAAGCUUAACGUCUCACCAGGCCAGUCUUUUCAUUGCUCUGAGCCUGGGUGGUUCCGUGUUUGCUUUGCAAAUAUGGAUGACGAGACUACAUUGGUUGCGUUAUGGAGGAUUAAAACGUUUGUAAGAAAUAACAGAAACCUUGAGAUCAAGACGAGGAAACAAUGUUGGCAGAACAACCAACAUUUAAGGUUAUCAUCGAGAAGGCUCGAUGAUAUCUUGACUCCUCAUCGGAUGUCGCCGCACUCUCCUCUCGCCUCGCCCAUGGUUCGGGCACAAAACUAGGUACAUGAUGCAUGGUACAAGUGCUAAUGCGUUGUGUACUUUUAAUGUAUAAGUGGUGAAGCAAUGUUUAGGAUAGGUAUCGCUAAGGUGUCUAACCAAAAAUAGAUGGUUGGUUGAUACAUUUAAGUGUGAUAAUUGUAGGGUCUGUGACAUAACUAUAAUUUGGUUUAUGACAUGACCUAACCUAUUGUAAUAAAUGAUAGUUAGAAAUAAGGGACGAAAUAUGUAUUGAUAAUUUUUUUGUUCUUAAAUAAAAGUUAAAUUAUAAAAA